AUGAGCCUUUCCACCUCGUCUAAUUCAAAGGGAAAGGCAAAGGUCAAGCUUGAUGAGGAGGAAGAGAAGGUCAGGAUCGCCAACGCAGACGAGAGAGCUGCGAGCAUGAAUGAAAAAUUCCUGAACAAUGAAGCGGAUUACAAAAAGGUACUGAUGAGGGCGAGGCAAGUUAUACUCGAGGCGCACGGACGGCUGCGUUCGGGGGACACAGCCCAGCGCAAGCGAGACUCUGCCAGUCUGAAGAGAUAUGUCGAAAUGAUCUUGGACACGGCUAUUCCGUGGUGCAGCGCCGACAUGAACAACAAAGAGCACAACUGGGAAAAGAUCUACUUUUAUGAGUUUCACUCAAGCUCAGGGCGUCCCAAGGUUCUGAGCGAAGAAUCGAGACGCCUAGUCGAGAUCAUCUAUGGCUUACUGGAAGGCGACAGGGACUCUUUCCCCAAAGGGUCACUGAGAGAAUAUCAGCUCAGAGGACAGGCGUGGAGAUUCGCGACCCGUACUGAGACCCCAGUUGUGCUCGAAUGA